AUGGACGUAGGCCAAAUAGCCCAGAUCAUAGAUUAUCAAUUUACUGAUCCAUCUCUUUUGAUCCGGGCGUGUACUCACUCCUCCUAUGAUCCAACUUUCAACAAUGGAGCGCUAGAGACUCUUGGGGACCUAACACUAGGGUUGCAUGUUGGAUCACUCAUUUAUGACACUGACCCCGAAAAUAUUACCGAGUGUCAUAUACACACACUGAAAUCAGUAAACGUCGACAAUGAAAACCUUGCACGUGCGUGCGUGAGGAAUGGGUUGGACCAACACUUGAUGCAUGGUGACGUGAAUGAAGUUAAUAGAGAAGUUUUAAAAUUAAGGCAACAGAUGCUCGACUACCCCAUUCACUCGAAUGGCCGAAUCGAUGAGCCAAAGUUUCUUGCUGACAUGGUGGAGGCCAUUAUCGGAGCCGUGUGGGUCGACUCCCAGAAAAAUUUGGCUACUACUGGACAUGUAAUUGGCAAGAUAUUGGGGAAUUUGAAUAUUGAGUAUGAAAACUAUAGACAAAAGCCAACCGAACAACUGUGGUCUUCUUCUUCUGUGAAAGCGAGAUUUAACCUACUUGAAAAGAUGGAUUGUCAGGAUGGGAACCCUAGGUGUAGGAUUAUAAUGAAUAACAACCAGGUCAUCGCAGAUGUAAGAUAUAGUGGUUCACGUAAGGUGCUUCGGAAUAGAGCCGCGUCUGAUGCAAUUCAAUAUCUUCGGGAUCAUCAUGGACUGCAGAUCUGA